AGUUUAUUCAGAGUUGUGCGUGUCUUCUAUGACCUCCAAAUCGUCAUCUCAUAAAAUUCGUGUACCCACGAAAUAUGUCACGAUCUAAAAAAAAUAUGCCCAUAUUUUCAUUGAAUGUCUUAAUUAAACCACCUCCAAUUUAAUAUGGAUCUGUUUUAAUAGCUCAUUUUUAUGUAGUACAAAUUCGGAAACUUACUAAACUACCAAAGCAAAUCCCAUAAACUGAAAACAUGACCUGGUUUAGCACCAUUUGUGUCCUCCUCACUAUUUAUAUUUUAUCGAGUGCAUGUGCAAAACUAGAGCCCGAAAUUUCCUUAUUGGUCUGGAUCGGAUCUGAUACGUUUUCGAAGGGAAGUCGUUCCUCAGAAUAUUUGAGGACUCAAGUGUCUCAUGACUUGGAUCAGGAAGCUCCAGUAACCUUUGUCAAUGGGACCACCUACAUUUUAACUGCUGAGGUGACUCUCAUUGGUUUCAUGUGCAAAGCUCCGUAUCCCGUGGAAUGGGAGUUUUCCAAUUCAAAGUGGUUCCUCUUACAAGAUAAGUCAGUUGGAAUGUAUCUCACGACGUCAAGGCGAGUUAGUGAUGAAGACAUUGAUAACAAGGCGUCCUACAGAUAUUGGGCGGAAUUAGCAUUGUUUGGCGAUUCCAGAAUGUACAUUGGGAAUUACGUAUGCAAAAGUUCAGUUGAUGACCAUGACAGAAAAUCAUCAAAUUUUACACUCUUUUGGGAAGGAGGACCCUUCGAUCAAGUGUUUGUUCUAUCCGGCAAAAAUAUUAUCAUCUACAUUGAACCCGAUGACAGCGUAAUAUUCCCGUGUCAUGUUAAUGAUCCUUUUGCCAACGUCACUUUAAAACGGGAGGAUCAAAUUCUUAGUAAAACGCAAAAUUUGAGCGAUACUUGGGUUCCAGUGGGCUCUAACAACAACAACAAAUGGGAAUAUCGACCCGAAAUCGGAUUUAUUUAUCGAGGAAAUGGAAAGCUUCCGGUUGAAGAUUAUCCACCAUCGGGAAAUUACAAAUGCGUCUUGGAAAACGUUGAAGAUCAAGGCCAAGGUUCGGAGGAUGUCGUUUACAUGAGUUUUUAUUUAGGGGUCGAAAAAGAUAUCAAACUUGACAAACCGAUCAUCACCAACGCCACGCUGCGCCUGAAUCAACGAGAAAUGCGGUACGAGUGCUGCUCGAGUAGUGCUAAACCACCCAGAAUUCAUGUCCAUUCAUGUUGUGACCCUGCGACUUGUAAGGAACUUAUUCCGGCAAUGAAGACACAGCAAUCUAGCUUUUCCUCUGCGUCUCAAAUGACUUCCGCCGUCAAUAAAUUCUUUGCCCCUCAAUCGACGAACAUGUUCAGUAGUCACAAAGGGAGCUGUUCCUACACUCAUGCAUGGCCAAGUCAGGCGGAAGUCGAGAUUGUUCAGUGUAUCGGAGAUGGGAUCACUGCUGUGGAGAAGUUCUUGCCAAGGAGUCGGAACAAUCUAUCACUUGAUCAAUGGGACAACGCCAGUCUUCAGAAAUGGGUGAAUCUAGUCCCGAUGAUGUGGCGAAACCCGACGUAUCAAGUGAAAGAGGAAUCCAAUAAAACCGACAGCUAUCUAGUUUAUUCGGGAACUUCGGUAGUGUUCACUUGUCAGACGACUUACUACUUCUUUUCAUAUGGAAUCAGGUUUUCGACGCAUAAUUCGGACGGAAAAAGGACGCUUCUUCCUGAUAACUUUGAAACGGAGCAAAGGAAAAAAUAUCCAACUUUUGAAUUUAUACUUUUGCUUCAUAAUCCUCCACUUGCGGCAGAAAUCAACAUUACAAUCACUCCAGACAUAAAAUCUCUAACGUGUCAUGUUCCCAUCACCAAUAGUUCGGCUUGGAUGGAGAAAACAGUGCAUCUGAGAGUUAAAUCUGGAGAAAAACCAGGAAUAAUUACGGAUGCUCAACUCUCUGAAACUAUUGUGUGGACGCUAAAUGCAACGCAAAAGAGUUUGAUAUGCAAAACAACAGGGGAUCCAGAACCUCGCGUUAUUUGGACCAAGGACGAUAAACCGAUCACAUCCAACUUUAACGCCACCAGGCACACCGACGGAUCCUAUAUUUUGUACAUUCCGAAAGUGACGCAUGAUAUUCAAGGAAAAUAUAGCUGCAUCGCUAUGAAUUUCAAAGGUCAAGCGGUAAAGACUUUCACCGUGUUUGCGGAAGAAAUGGAGACGACACACGCCGCCGUGAUAAUAAUUAUUACAAUCUUAAUUCUGAUAAUACUACUCGGCGUGGGCGUGUUGGUGCGGAGGACAAUGUUACAGAGAAAGUCGUUGGAUAAUUUGCGAGAACACGUUUAUCCACGAGAAGAAGGAAUUGAACCACAGAACGGCAUUGAGGGCUAAUAAGUAAUAAUUGUAAUAAUUAAAAAUAAUAAUAAGAUAUGCGUAACUAUAUCGUUAACGAUGCGAGUAAUGCGGCACACUAUAUGUAUAUAUGAACUAAAAGUAGACAUAGUAAAGGUAGAUUAUGAUUUGAAAAAAUAUGUACUUUUAACCAACAUUUUUAAAAAGGUUCCAACAAUACUUUCGACUGAAACAUCAAAUAUAAAACAGCAUAAAAGACA